GGAUUUCCCUCUUUCUUUCUUCUAAAAUCAGUAAGACUUAACAGUGUAGAGCAAGAGCAAGCGUGGCUGGAGGACGAGUUGAAGGUGCUGCUGGUGCUGGUGCAAAGUGUUUAUAUUGUGUUGGCCUCCGUGUGUAGCUGGGAGAGAGGGAGCCUCGUCGCCUAUUGCUUCAAAAGGGGAAGCAGCCCCACUCAGACCAAGCCCCGUGUACCAUGAGCUCGGCCACCAUGGACUCCCUGAACUUCUCCGAGGACGAAUUUAACCACCUGGACAUGAGCGAGUUCACCAACUACAUGGAUGGCAGCAACUUCAGCGAGGUACCCCCGCUCCUCUUUGGCGAGUUCGUGUGCCCCCUGGAGGUGGGGGGCCAGGACCCCCUGGGCCCCUUCAAGGCGGCGUUCGUCCCGGCGGCCUACACUCUGGUCUUCCUCCUGGGCACGGCGGGCAACACCCUGGUCCUGGUGGUCCUGGAGCGGCACCGGCGGGCCCGCAGCUCCACCGAGACCUUCCUGCUCCACCUGGCCGUGGCCGACCUCCUCCUGGGGCUGACCCUGCCCUUCGCCGUGGCCGAGGGGGCCGCCGGCUGGAUCUUCGGCCUGGCCCUCUGCAAGCUGGUGAGCUCCAUGCACAAGGUCAAUUUCUACUGCUCCAGCCUGCUGCUGGCCUGCAUCGCCGUGGACCGCUACCUGGCCGUGGUGCACACCAUCCACGCCUACCGCCGGCGCCAGCACCGCUUCUCCGUCCACGCCACCUGCGGGGCCAUCUGGCUCCUCUGCCUCCUCUGCGCCCUCCCCGAGCUGCUGGUGGUGGAGGUCAGCCCCGUGGGGGUCAACGGGACCCUCCUCUGCAGCUUCCCGGCCCACCUGGGCCUGCUGGGCAGCGACGUGCGCCUGGCCUCCCGCUUCCUCUACCACGUGGGCGGCUUCUUCCUCCCCGUGGCCGUCAUGGGCUGGUGCUACGCCGCCAUCGUGCGCUCCCUGUGCCGGGCCCAGCGCCGGCCCCAGCGGCAGAAGGCCAUCAAGGUGGCCAUCGCCGUCACGGUCAUCUUCUUCCUCUGCUGGUCGCCCUACCACGUGGUCAUCUUCCUGGACACCCUGGUCAAGCUGGAGGCCCUGAGCCGGUCCUGCCGGCUGGACCGCCAGCUGGGCGCCGCCAUCACCGUCUGCGAGUUCCUCGGCCUGGCCCACUGCUGCCUCAACCCCCUGGUCUACGCCUUCGUGGGCGUCAAGUUCCGCAGCGACCUGCUGCGCCUGCUGGCCGACCUGGGCUGCGUGGGGCCCAAGCGGCUCCGCCGCCUGCUGCCCAGCGGGCACAGGGCCAGCAGUUCCGAGUCCGACAACGCCACGUCCCUCACCACCUUCUAAGCGCGUGCCUCCCUCGUGUCCACCGCCCCGCCCCCUUACCCCGAGACUCCUGGCCGGUUGUGGGAGCGGAGGGGGGCGGAGGCAGGGACCCCGGCCCUGGGGUGCCCAGGACAGAGUGGGGGGCUCUGCGAGCCCCCGGCUGCAGGAAAGAUGUUCCAGCUCCUCCCGGGCCCACCGGCCACAGGGAAGCCCAGCUGGUGGGGAACCUCUCCCCAACAAUUGACAGAGCUGAGUGAAACUGCAGCUUCCCUUCCCCCCUCCCUCAUCCUCUGACCGGCCACUUGUAACCCCAGGGGUUUUCUCGGCAAACAGGAAGCUUCGGUUGACCCAGUUCAGCUUCCCAGAAACCAAGACUGCCCUCGACCCCCACCCUGGGCCCUCAUCCCCCCACUCCCACCCCCAACCAGGGCAGAGCAGUGGGGAAAAGGCCAAGGUGUGGGGUUGGUCCACUGAGCCCCAAAAUAGACUGAUGGGCAGUGAUGGAAC